AUGCGGGCGUUCUUCCGACUGCGGUCACCACGAUGCCAUGGACAACGCUCAUACCUACAAGCACGCCGCAGCCUCCUGACCCUUGCCAAGUUGAAGGGCCCCUCAGAGCCCCCACUGCUCGAGGAGACAGUCGGCGAGAACUUCUCCCGCAUCGUGUCCGCCCACGGUGAUCGCAACGCGGUGAUUUCGAGACACCAGAAUAAACGGUUGACGUACCACCAGCUUGACCUCGACAGCAAUGUGGUGGCGCGAGGACUACAAAGUCUGGGAGUCAAGAAGGGAGACAGAGUCUGUGUAUCGCUGGGAAACAACCUGGAAUUCGCGACCAUCACAUAUGCCUUGUUCAAGCUCGGAGCCAUCUUGGUGCCCUUGAACCCAGCGUUUACGGCGACUCAGAUCAUCUCGGCAUUCAACCACCUCUCCGCUUCGCAUCUUGUCAUUGGGACCGAGACAAAUUUACCAUACAAGCCACCCCGGCCCAAUGUGUCGCUGCUCGAGGCCAUCGUGCCUGAUCUAAGAGGCUCAACACUGGCUUCGGAAACAGUCCCCUCGCUCAAGAAGAUCAUCUUGGUGAACAACUCUGCAGGACGCAUCGAUCCGACUCCUUUCCGCGCAACGACACCAUGGGAGUCCAUAUCCCAGGAUUCCGACAGCAGUCCUCCGACGCCUUCUGCUCCCUUGUCAAACCAUGAGGUGGUCAACAUCCAGUUCACCUCGGGAACGACCUCGAUGCCUAAGGCUGCGUGUCUGUCGCAUCGAUCCAUUCUGAACAACGGCAAUCAGAUAGGUGACAGGAUGCUCCUGACGCCGCAGGAUGUCGUGUGCUGCCCGCCACCUCUAUUCCAUUGCUUUGGGUGCAUUCUAGGGUACAUGGCAACUGCAACGCAUGGCUCAGCGAUUGUCUUCCCGGCCGAGGCCUUCGACCCGUUAGCCUCGCUCAAGGCCGUGCAGGAGGAAAAGGCUACAGCCCUUUACGGCGUCCCGACCAUGUUUCUCGCGGAGCUCGAGCUGAUCAACGACGAAAAGGUCGCGUACGAAGGCUUCCAGUACCUGCGCACGGGGAUCGCAGCAGGAUCCUCCGUCCCAGCUGAACUGAUGCGGAAGCUGCACAAGACGUUGAAUCUGACGGAACUGACCAUCUGCUACGGCAUGACCGAGACAUCGCCCGUCUCCGCAAUGACCACCACCGACGACCCGAUCGAGAAACGGAUCAACACGGUAGGCCGCCUCCUCCCGCACGUCGAAGCCAAAGUCGUUGACCCAUUCGACCACAACCGGAUCCUCAAAGUGGGGGAACGCGGUGAACUGGCUGUUCAUGGGUAUCUGGUCAUGAAAGAAUACUGGGGCCAGCCUGACAAGACCGCCGAGGCAAUGAAGACCGACGAAGAGGGCAAAGUCUGGAUGCACACGGGCGAUGAGGCAUCAAUCGACGAAGAAGGCUACGUGAGCAUCACGGGCCGCAUCAAAGAUUUGAUCAUCCGGGGUGGCGAGAAUAUUCACCCAUUGGAGAUUGAGAACUGUCUGUUCGCCCAUGACAAGAUCGCCGAAGUCAGUGUGGUAGGUUUACCCGACGAGCGGUAUGGAGAAGUGGUGGCAGCCUUUGUGGUCAAGAGACAUCAUCUGCCACCAGGCGAAAAGGAUAUCACGCCCGAGGAGGUGAGGAAUUGGGUGAAGGAGCGGAUGAGCCAUUACUUGGUGCCAAAGUAUGUGUUCUUUGUGCAGGAUUAUCCCAAGACGGCCAGUGGGAAGAUCCGUAAGUACUGA